CUGGGAGCGAAUUGCGAAUCAAAGCUGUCAAAACUGUAAUUAUUAUUUGGCUUUGCUGUUGUUACAAUAUUUAGCAGUUGUGGUCACACUCUGAGUCAUCUCAUUUAUCAGUCAUUUGUCAUAUCCACUCAAUAAACGAGUGCAAAGUAUUACUCAAAGUGUGUGUCCUCCCUCCAACCUAAUACGUAAAAAUUUACUAAAUAGUUCCCUAUUGAAGGAUAGAUAAUUUGCACAGUUUUUAAAACGGUUGAAUAGACGAAGGUUAGAGACAUGUGGAAAUCAUCAGUUGGAAUAACACCUUCCAAACCAUCCAAUAAUUGUCCAGAAGAAAACGAUGAUUGGGAAACGGACCCAGAUUUUAUAAACGAUGUGUCUGAAGAAGAGCAACGAUGGGGAUCAAAAACGGUGGAGGGUUCUGGACGCAGCGGCGGAGCAAUCGAUGUCAAGAAACUGGCAGAAGAGGUUAAACAGAGUGAUGCUAAUCAUAAGAAAAAGUACUUGGACGAAUCAAAACCAGGUUUUGGAUACGGUGGAAAGUUUGGGGUGGAGUCUGAUCGUAUGGACAAAUGCGCUAUGGGAAACGACUAUGCUUCCCCCCUUAACAAGCAUGAGUCGCAAAAAGACUACAAGGUGGGAUUUGGAGGAUCAUUUGGCGUACAGACAGACCGACUUGAUAAAAGUGCAGUAGGAUGGGAACAUGUUGAAAAGUUGGAAAAACACGCGUCUCAAAAGGACUACACUACUGGUUUUGGAGGAAAGUUUGGCGUUCAAAAGGACCGACAAGACAAGAGUGCUGUUGGAUGGGAUCAUGUGGAGAAAUCAGCGAAGCAUGAAAGCCAAAAAGAUUAUACUGUUGGUUUUGGAGGAAAGUUUGGUGUUCAGAAUGAUCGACAAGAUAAGAGUGCUGUUGGAUGGGAUCAUGUGGAGAAAUCAGAGAAGCAUGAAAGUCAAAAGGAUUAUACUGUUGGGUUUGGAGGAAAGUUUGGCGUACAGAAUGAUCGCCAGGAUAAAACUGCAGUAGGAUGGGAUCAUGUCGAAAAAUUGCAAAAACACGAGUCACAGACAGAUUAUGUUAAAGGAUUUGGUGGAAAAUUUGGAGUGCAAAAUGACCGUCAAGAUCAAAGUGCAUUAGGUUGGGAUCACCACGAUCGUCCAGAGAAACAUCAAAGCCAAACCACGGACUACAAGAGUUCUGGAGGUAAACUGGAAAAUACUAGAAUAUCUUUUGACAGACAAGAAAACUCGGCUGAAAAUGAAGUAUCUCCCCCAAAGCAAAAAGUUGAGGUCGAGAGGAAAACUUCAACGUCAAACAUUCGUCAGAAAUUCGAAUCCAUGGGCAAAUCGAAUGAUAAUAAUAAUGAAAUGUCGGCUACCAAAAAACCAUCGUCAACCUCAUCAAACAUUCCAAAAAAAGUUGUUCUUCCAACUGUGAGCAGUACCACUCAAGACGAGGAGACUCUUCAAGCACAGGAACGACAACGUGUCCAAGCACAAGCAGACAUGCUACAAGAACAACAAAAACGCCUUGAAGCUGAAGAAGAGGAACGGCUAUUAGUUGCAGAGGAAAAAAGAUUGGUGGCAGAGAAGCGAGAAUUGGAAAUUCUUCGCCAAGAACAAGAACAGCGUGAGGCGGAUAAUCGUCGCCAAGAAGAACAGCAACGGGAGCGCGAAAGGCAGAAAGAAAGACUAAAGAAGGAACAGGAAGAAGAGGAAAAGAGGCGACUGGCUCAAGAGGAAAAGAAUCGUCACGUAGAGGAAGAGGCUCGGCGUGGGAUGGAUGAACUGAAGAGAUUAGAGGGUGAGUUAAACGCUAUGCAGCAAACCCAACAUAAAACUAGAAAGGCUUCCUCAAGCGAGGCGGAAGACCAAGAGUGGGACGACGAUGACGAGAAGGAAGAUGUCAAAAGCAAGAAAAUCAAUCAUAACCAAGAGCAAUCUAGUAAAGUUCCCCAACAACAACAACAAUCCAAAACAGGCGUGGUAGGGGGUGGUUCGAGUAUUUCUGUUGAUGUCGUCAAGUCGCAAAACGGUGGUGGUGGUAGCUCCAAGGGUGAAGAAGACAUUGCCGCUGUCGCAAUUUAUGACUAUCAAGCUGCCGACGAAGAUGAGAUUUCAUUUGACCCUGGCGAUGUUAUAACCAACAUUGAAAUGAUUGACGAGGGAUGGUGGCGUGGCGAGUGCAAUGGAAAAUUCGGCCUUUUCCCUGCCAAUUAUGUCGAGCUUCGUUGAAAGGGAAGAAUAUUUAUAAAUGCCCCGGUACCUCCUGCUCGUUCAUGAGAAUAAUGUGUAUUACUUUGAAAUUGAACUUACUUAAGCGUAAUAUGUUUCCUACUUACAAUUAGUAUUAUUUAUUCAAGAAUAUUUUGGACCAGACUUUCUCAAUGCUAAUUAUCUUGAGCAUUCUUAAUUUUUCAAUACAUACACAAAUAAAUAAAUAUUACACAUCACAUAUAUAUGUACCUACAUACAUUGAGUACUAUUGCCAAACGGAUAAUAAUAAAAUAUAAUAAAAAGUAA